UAGUUCGUAUCUGAACCAAGCCGAUCCAACCGUCGUUGAUGGCGUCGUACGAAAGCGAAGCGUGCUGUUGGGAGUCUGUUGACAUCGAGACUGAGGUUGACACGAGCUUCAUUGGACAGCAGUCAUGUGACAACCUUCUCGAGUUCAACGAGCCAUUUCGACCACUUUGGCAAUCAACUGAUGAUCUGGAUGUCUGCUACGAAAAUCUUGUCGAACACGACGACAGCAAGCACAACAGAAAUAGGGCGCUGACAAGCAGUGACAGCUCGCAAAAUCCACAACGGGAGAAAGGCACGGCGUCGAACACACGCAAGAGAUGGACCAAAGAGGAAGAAGCACAGUUGCUUCAGUGCAUGAAAGAGUACGGAAAGAAGUGGAGCAAGAUCGCGACCAUAAUUCGGAGCAAAAAUACCAUACAAGUGAAAACACAUGCCCACUACCUGCUCAAAAAGAAGAGACAGAACCUCGAUCACUACCAGCCAGCCCUACCGAGCUCUGAGGACGAACUACUCAAGAGCAUCGUGAGAUCUUCAAAGCGUUCGCCUCGGAAGCCGAAAGAACCUGACGAAAAUGUGAUCAUCCUCAAGGAUGCUGCCGCUGUUGAACAUCUUAAAAAUAAAUUCCCGGCAAGCGAGAUCAUCAACAUCAAGAAACAGGCUGACGAUGACGUUGAGAGUGACGAAGACGUGAACAUAGACAGUUCCGAUGAACGUGAGAACACUGAUGAAGACUUGGUUGGACAACAGAGUGUGAAGGUUGAAGCGAUGGAGAUAAGAAGACCAGAGCAGGUGGUUGCAGAUGAUGCUGAAAAGAACGUCCUAAUCGGUGAUGAUUCCAAGACUGCCGAUUUCCCAGUUGUCUUUGACAUACCUGUAUGCGAAGCGGAACUCGACGCUGAUCACAUUGGGGAAGAGGAAAAAAUGGUUCACAAGGAAUUUUUUAGCGGACGGUUUGCAAAGACUCCUGAAAGGUACCUCAAAAUACGGAACCACAUUCUGGAAGCCUGGCAGAAACACAAACCAAACUACAUGAACAAGACGUCCGCUCGUCAGGGACUGAAAAACUGCGGCGACGUCAACUGCAUCGGCAGGAUUCACCACUACCUGGAGCAAAUCGGGGCCAUCAACUUUGGCUGUCCUCAAGUAGUGUACCAGAAGGAAAGACCGGAAGCCAAGAAAAUCGCGGCAAAGAAAUACGACCACGUAGAAGUCGCUCGACUGCCCCGGAGAAAAGUCGCCGCAACCGACAUAUCGAGCAUUGAUGUGAGAGGGGGAGGGAUGACAAUGGAACACGGCUUGACUGGGGACGUCAUUUCGCACACGCUGAUUCCUUCGAAGAGUAAAGUUCCGAAGCCACGCCCUAAUCCCUUCAAACUCGUUCCGUGCAGAAAAUUCGACAGCGAUCAGGAGCCUUUCAGUAUUCACGUAUCAACCGCGGUCAUGCUGCUGAUGGACGCCCACUCGCAUCUUGUGGAGACGGAGGUCAUUGGGCUCCUGGGCGGCUGCUACGACGCGGAGAAACGGAUCCUCUUCGUGUCCGCGGCGGAACCGUGCGACUCCGUCAGCACGGACUUGGAGUGCGAGAUGGAUCCAGUUUCGCAAGCAGCAGCCCUGGAGUCUCUCUUGGUCGGAGGGUACGAUGUCGUGGGUUGGUACCAUUCUCAUCCCACCUUUGUGCCGAACCCUUCCAUGCGAGACCUCACCACACAGGCUGACUACCAGGCCAUGUUCUCCAACCAGGGGCAACCGUUUGUCGCCGCCAUCUUGAGUCCAUACCUUCCGCCGAGCUCGCUGCAAUCUCCUCCCAAGUCCCUCACAUCUAAAGCGAGGUGGUGGAUUUCACAACAUGCGGAUGCGGAUAGAGAUGGGAACGGUAGAUCCGCCCCACAUUUGGACUCUGUGCCUUAUUCCUUUGAUGCAACCCUAAUCAAAAUGGAUGCAUCUCAGCUGGUCGACUUCAAGACCAAGAUCCAGUUUCUGAAAGCCCGGAUAGACUCUAAUCCUGCAAAAGUAGACCUGCUGGUGCAGUACCCAUGGCAACCAACUGUCACUUAUUUGCAUAAGAUGUUGACGAGCCUGCAACUCCACCUGACAAAUUCGGAGACAGACACAGAUGUUGCGGGUGAAAUACUGCAGGGAAUUCAUUCAGUUUUUGCUGUAAUUGGCCAGUCGUAGCAUAUCUAUUUCAUUUCACCUGCAAGAGGCAGAAAGAAUAUUUUUAUGGUCACCCACCAUUUUUAUGUGUCUAUAAUUUAAGCUUCCAGGUGUCCUGCCUACCUUUUCCUAAAUGAUUAUAAAGCACAUGUUCUUAUCACGUUUACCAUCCGAAGAUAAUCUAUUAUGUUUGGUGCUAUCAUACAUUUUGCCUACUUUUAUAAAUAUGUAAUCGUUAACAAUCACCACCAUAACGUUGGUAUCCUUAUCCUACUUCUCAUCCAUGGGUGGUGUAUGAGGCUUGUCUACCAUUGAUCACCAUUAAAAGAUAUAUACUGUAGAUAAUUAA